AUGUCAAUGCGACCUGCUUUUAGGCGGAUUGCAAAAUCAAGCUCUUCAUCACAAACUUUCCAGCUACCCGAUGGCCGAGUGCUAGGAUUUGCCGAAUACGGGAUGCCGAAUGGUAAGCCACUACUUUUCUUCCACGGCUACCCAUCAUCCCGUCUCGAAGCAGAGCCUGCGGAUGAUAUUGCUCGGCGCUGCGGCAUAAGGCUAUUAUCACUAGAUCGGCCGGGAUUUGGUCUGUCCACUGCUCAGCCAGGUCGUAGGAUUGUGGACUGGCCAAAUGACGUCCAUGCAUUCGCUAAAGGUAUGGGCCUAGAUCGAUUUGUCAUUAUGGGCGGCUCUGGCGGCGGCCCUUUUGCGCUUGCUUGUGCUCAUGCGUUACCGAGGCAUAUGGUUGCUGGUGUCGGUCUGUUUGCGAGUGCUGGACCUUGGGAAGCUGGAGCCCAUCAUAUGUCACUGGUGCGAAGGAUGAUAAGUACCUUGGCAGUUUACUGGCCUUCCGGGCUUGGCGUACUCCUUAGUACAUCUGUACGUGGACUGCGAGCAAUAGCUACUUCAGGCCCGAUUGUAAGACGCAUCGACGCGUGGUUAGAAGCACAAGAUAAAAAGGAGAAAGAGAACGAAGAUGCAGCCGCUUCCGAGGAAAAAUCCUCCGCUACAAAACUUACAAAGACGAAAACCCUUGAAGAGCGCAGAAACUACCUCCUCCGUUUACUGAUAGACGAGCCCUUUGCACAAAGUGUCGAUGCAACUGUUCUAGAAGCCCGCCUAUUAUCAUCCCAAGACUGGGGAUUCAAGUUCGAAGACGUCGACUUUGAUCCUGUUCGAAUCUGGCAUGGAGCCAAGGAUGGAAAUUCGCCUAUAGCUGUGAUAAGAUAUCUCGCUCAAAGACUACCUCAUGGGGUUUUGCGCGAAUAUGAGAACGAUACACAUUAUACAAUGUUUCCGCACUUGGAGGAGGCGUUAAUGGAGCUUGCAGGAGACCACGAUACUCAUCCCUCCAAGGCGAUGCCAUCUUCAUCUACCUGA